AUGCGCAUACGUGUCCUGUAUUUAAUUCUCAUUCUUCCAAAUAGAUUUUGUAGUUUGAGUUAAAAAAAAAAAUUAUUUAUGACUUUGGGGAAUUUUGGGUAGAAUCUGUUUGAAUAUUGAAACUGAAACAUAUGUUUUGUUUAUUUUUAGUCUUCAGAUGAUUGUCUUGUGGUUUUGAAACAAACCCCAAGUGUCUGUUUUUCUCUGGGUUUUGGGCUUUGCACUUUUACCUUUGUUGGGAUUUUGUUUUCUUUGGUAGGAGAAAAACUCCAUUUGCUGUGAUCAUCUUUGGUUCUUUUUGUUCUGGUUUGGUUGUUGUUUGGAGUUGAGUUUGCAAUGGAGGAGAGGUACGAGCCCUUGAAGGAGCUCGGUUCUGGGAAUUUUGGAGUGGCCAGACUGGUCAGAGAUAAGAAGAGUAAGGAGCACGUUGCAGUGAAAUACAUAGAAAGGGGAAAGAAGAUUGAUGAGAAUGUGCAGAGAGAAAUCAUAAACCAUAGGUCCUUGAGGCAUCCAAACAUUGUCAGAUUCAAGGAGGUCUGUUUGACUCCAACACACCUAGCCAUUGUGAUGGAAUAUGCAGCUGGUGGUGAACUUUUUGAAAGGAUAUGCAGUGCUGGAAGAUUUAGUGAAGAUGAGGCAAGAUUUUUCUUCCAGCAGCUAAUUUCUGGAGUCAGUUACUGUCACUCAAUGCAAAUUUGCCAUAGGGAUCUGAAGCUGGAAAACACCCUGCUGGAUGGAAGUCCAACACCUCGCCUUAAAAUAUGUGACUUCGGUUACUCCAAGUCUGCCUUGUUGCACUCUCAACCUAAAUCCACUGUUGGAACCCCUGCUUACAUUGCGCCUGAAGUUUUGUCACGAAAAGAAUACGAUGGAAAGAUUGCAGAUGUUUGGUCCUGUGGCGUCACGUUAUAUGUGAUGUUGGUUGGAGCUUAUCCCUUUGAAGAUCCUGAAGAUCCAAGGAAUUUCCGAAAGACAAUCGGGAGAAUCAUGAGUGUCCAAUACUCAAUACCGGAUUACGUACGUGUAUCUGCAGAAUGCAAACAUCUGCUUUCUCGUAUAUUCGUUGCGAAUCCUGCCAAGAGAAUUACUAUCCCAGAAAUCAAACAACAUCCUUGGUUCCUGAAAAACUUGUCAAAGGAGCUACUGGAAGUGGAAAAGACCAAUCAUUUGAAACCUCAGGAAAAAGACCAACACACACAGAGCGUUGAAGAAAUAAUGAGAAUCAUACAAGAGGCAAAGACGCCAGGGGAAGGGUCCAAGGCUACAACUGGUCUAGGCGCCACAACGUCGACAUCAGACCCUGAUGAUGAGUCCGAAAUUGAUGUCAGUGGUGAUUACCUUGAAUCUGUUUGAGGGUCAACAAAAAAUAAGAUCGAUUCAUCAUCUUUAAUAGUGUUUUUAUGUGUAAUUUUGAGUUUGAUUUUCCCAUAAAACUUGAAUUUGGGAGUCAUGGCUGGCCUCAUCAGCAAGGGAGGGUUCGUUGCUCAUGUAUUGUACAGUAUAAAAAGAUUAUUACCAUGCAUCAAACAUGUGUACAAGCUGUAGAGUCUAAACCGAUAUUGGAUUUUGGCUUUUCUUUUGUUAUAAACUGACCUUUGCUCAUA